UUUCCGAAUGCUCUGUAAACGUGUGCAGUAUUCGUUGAAAUGAAUCAUAUGAAGAGACACUACUGACAGGAGAAUGAGGCAUCAACAUCUCCACUGGGGUCUCUGUUACAAAAGGGAUCACUGGAAUAUAAAAGGUUGUUCUCUGUUCUCUACCACAACACCCUACCAUGUUACCCUCCAUAGACUGACCUCUACCACAACACCCUACCAUGUUACCCUCCAUAGACUGACCUCUACCACAAUACCCUACCAUGUUACCCUCCAUAGACUGACCUCUACCACAACACCCUACCAUGUUACCCUCCAUAGACUGACUGUUCUCUACCACAACACCCUACCAUGUUACCCUCCAUAGACUGACUGUUCUCUACCACAACACCCUACCAUGUUACCCUCCAUAGACUGUUCUCUACCACAACACCCUACCAUGUUACCGUCCAUAGACUGACCUCUACCACAACACCCUACUGCCUUCCGCUCGCUUCUGCACGCGCUCCAUGAUCUCCUCCAAUAGCACCACCCUGGCCGCGCAACACUGUUGCUACGACGACCACGCGAAGCUUAUCACGCGGGGUAAAGGGGCGGGCGCUCCGAACCUCAUCAGUACUGAGUUCUCGCCGGAGCUGCAUUACAAAGUGGACGUGCUGCCCUGGAUCCUGUGUAACGGGGACUGGAGCCGCUUCCACUCGGUGAGGCCACCCAACAACGGGCUGCUGUGUCCCGACAACCCACACGAGGAGGUGCAUCAGGCUCAACUGGAGGAGGCCAGGGAGUACUGAUGGGGAGGGGAACUGAGACCCUGACGGGGAAAGAGCUGGAAAGAGGGGGUAGAGAGAGCCACAUGGUCCCCAAUUAUGUCUGGAUUUCAGCAUAGACCACAUACUGAAUAUGUGUAGCGUUAACUAUCAGUUGGUUAGAGAAGAAAAGGACUCCUGGAUGUCCCAUCUCUAGCUCCUCCUUAUUCAGUGUUCGAGUUUAUUAAUGACUGAAAUUGGACAUUUCUCCAAUCAGGGAAGCCGGCAACCAACCAUCCAAAAUGGAGUGAAGUUGAGCUCCUCUCUUGCAGUGGCGUACUCUGACGUGGGAAAACGAUGUGAGGGCCCCGUUUUAAUGUUGUGUUUUUAGGACAUCUUCACCAUCAAGCACUUCACUCCUUGGAUGAUUCGUCAGGAUCCACCGGCCAAUUGGAAUAUACUCUUCCACGAAUGACAUACUGUGGCAUUACAGGAAGAGAAAAAUAAAAUAAUUCUAACGUG